AUCAGCAGCCGCGCGGCAUACUUGCGAGAGUAACGUUGGUCGAAGUAGCGGCAUUAUCGUUGACGAGACUUUGCAAAAAAAAGAAAAGAAAAAUAACCCCUUACAUUUAUUUCAUAUCGAAAUUACAAGUGAGAACAUAAUAGGGUGAGAUUUGGGUAAUGUAUUUCACAAUGACAACGGCGUGACUUGUGGAGCGUACGAAUCGGAGUACCGAAGUGCGUCGUCAAUAGUUCCUUUAUCUGUCGCGAUUUGGAAUUUUUGUCAGUGGUCGUCGGUACAAGUGCGAAUCAAGUCUGGUAUUCUCCUCAAACCGCGCGAUUUGGAAAGAGAAGGAAGAUAGAUAGUGAAAGAAGGAUAGAGGCAAAGAUAUUAAAAGAGAGAGAGAGAGAGAGAGAGGGAGAGAGAAGAAAAAAAGCAGACAGCAGAGAAACAGAGAAGUACCAUUGCUAGAGAGAAAAAAAAAGAGGCAGCAUGUCUAGUGCGCCGCAAGUUUCCAGCGGGCUUAGCAAGCUGAAAAAAAAACAUUUUCGGGUUAAGCAUCAAAAAGUUAAACUCUUUCGUGCCAACGAGCCGCUUCUAAGCGUCUUCAUGUGGGGUGUCAAUCAUACGAUAAAUGAACUUAGUCAUGUUAAUAUACCGGUAAUGCUCCUACCAGAUGAUUUCAGAGCUUAUAGUAAAUUAAAAGUAGAUAACCAUCUUUUUAAUAAAGAAAAUAUGCCCUCUCAUUUUAAAAUCAAAGAGUAUUGUCCAUUGGUAUUCCGUAAUUUACGUGAAAGAUUUGGGAUAGACGAUCAGGAUUAUAAAGAGUCUAUGACAAGAUGUCGAGCAUAUAAUCCUUCUCGACGUUCGGGUUUGGUCACACUCAGUGGGAGGACUCAUCAAUUGGUUCAGCGUUCAGCUACUGCUCCCUCAAUAAACUUUACUCCUCCUCCUUUUAUAUCUCAAAUUUCAGUCUUAAGUAAACCACUACGUACCUACAGUUUUAAACCAAAACGCUUGAGGUCGCAACCAGUACUCGAUGAUUCAUCGGGUAAAAGUGGUGCUAAAUUUUAUCAAUCUUAUGAUAAAUUAUUUAUUCUUAAAACUCUUACAAGUGAAGAAGUAGAAAGGAUGCACUCAUUUUUAAAACAUUAUCACCCAUAUAUUGUGGAACGACAUGGAAAAACCUUACUACCACAGUACCUUGGGAUGUAUCGAUUAACGGUGGAUGGCGUUGAACAUUAUGUUGUUGCUAUAAGAAAUGUUUUUUCUAAUCAUCUAACGACGCACAAAAAAUUUGACUUGAAAGGUUCUACUGUAGAUCGUGAAGCAUCCGAUAAAGAAAAGGAAAAGGAUCUCCCUACAUACAAAGAUAAUGAUUUUGUCAAGGAAGGAAUGAAAAUUUACAUAGGAGAAGAAGCGAAAACAAAACUCAUAGAAACUUUAACUGCUGAUGUUGAUUUUCUGACAAGAUUACACUUAAUGGAUUAUUCCUUAUUACUUGGUCUUCACGAUUGCGCUCGUGCAGAACUAGAAAAUAGAGAACGUGCAGAAAGGGAAGAAGAUGAAGAUAAUCACGACGAGGAAGAUGAUAGUGAGUCUGGUAGUGGAUUAGAUUCAAGAGGCCCAAUGGGAGAUCGACUUUGGGGUUGGAGUGGGGUUACAGGCAUGGCUACGCCACCAGAAUCACCUCAUGCAGCUUUAGUGCGUGAUUCGAGUCUUCAAUAUGAGGAUGCAAUAAUACCUGAAUUAGAUAUAUAUGCUAUUCCCAGUAAAGAAGGUGCCCCUACAAAAGAAAUAUACUUUUUAGCCAUAAUCGAUGUAUUAACACAUUAUGGUGUACGCAAACAAGCUGCAAAAGCAGCUAAAACGGUGAAGUACGGUGCCAAUGUGGAUGGUAUAUCAACGUGUGAUCCUGAACAGUAUGGCAAACGAUUCAUAGAAUUUAUGAGUAAAGCCAUAGAAUAAUUUUAAUAUUUUUUAUUAUGAUGGAACAUAUUUAAAGAUGCAUAAUGAAUUUAAGGAUCGUGAAGGUACUACUAUUGCUUGCACUUUUAUGCUAGUAAAAUACGACAAUGAGGAAUAUUAUUGAAAGGUUUCACUAGAAGUAAAGCUCGCUUACAGAUGUGACCAACAACACCAAAUGCAGCCCUUAAAAUGCGGGUUAGAGUAAAACGUCAUUUUUUUUCUCUGCACAAUUUAAAAUGAUAAAUUUAUUCUUAGCCGAUAUUCAUCGACACAUUAUUUUUGUCAUGUAAAAUUACUUUAACCGUUGAAUUUUUGCACGAACUUUCUACGUCAUAUGAUUCAAAUUAUUCUUAAGCUUAUUUUUUGACUGAGUCCGUGCUUUACCUAAUAUGGUUAUGUUUAUAUAUUGUAUGUACAGAGAUUUUUAAAGAGAGCAAGAGAGAGAGAGAGAGAGUGAAAGAGAAAGA